UCUCUGCUCUGAUUGGUCAGGAAGGAACCGAGCUGUUCCGAGGGGGUGGGGUCUUUGGGUCGCGAGCAGGAAAAGAAAGAGGGAGGACGUUCGAAAGCAAAACGGAUUGGCUAGUGCUUCAUCUUCGAGAGUUGAACUGUCCAAUGAUGAGCAGCUCUUGAGGUUUUGGCCAAUCCGAGCUCUAGAAGGCGGGAUUUCUUAAUACGGGUGGGAAAGAAAACAACGGAGCUUAUCGUGAUGACGGAAACAAAGUAAAGAAAAUGGCAGCGAUUCGUAAGAAGUUGGUGAUUGUGGGAGAUGGAGCAUGUGGAAAGACGUGUCUGCUCAUCGUUUUUAGUAAGGACCAGUUUCCUGAAGUCUACGUCCCCACAGUCUUCGAGAAUUACGUGGCAGACAUUGAGGUGGACGGUAAACAGGUGGAGCUGGCACUGUGGGACACGGCAGGACAGGAAGACUAUGACAGACUGAGGCCACUCUCCUACCCUGACACUGAUGUCAUCCUCAUGUGCUUCUCCAUCGACAGCCCUGACAGUCUGGAGAACAUUCCAGAGAAAUGGACCCCAGAGGUGAAGCACUUCUGUCCCAACGUCCCCAUCAUCCUGGUGGGAAACAAGAAGGACCUUCGGAAUGACGAACACACACGCAGGGAGCUGGCCAAGAUGAAACAGGAGCCUGUUAAAGCAGAAGAGGGCAAAGACAUGGCCAAUCGCAUCAACGCUGCCGGUUACCUUGAGUGUUCUGCCAAAACUAAAGACGGCGUGAGGGAGGUGUUUGAAAUGGCCACCAGGGCAGCGCUGCAGGCCAAGAAACGUAGCAAGAAGAACGCUUGCGAUCUCCUAUAAAGGAGGAUGAGGGAAUAAUGAGGGAGUGGGGGAGGGAGGGGCAGUUAUACAGGCCACAGAUGUAGAAGUGAUGUAGAAGUGAGGGAAGAGUGGGGAUACAGAGAGACCCUAGGGGUUAGAGAUGAGCACCUGGGGGGCAAGUCAUUUACUAAAGCAGGCCAAAGGACCCAAAGAGAGAGAGAGAGAGGGGUAACAAUGUAAAAGGGAUUGAGCCGUUUUCCCCAGUGACACACACUGUUCCCAUAGCAAUGACCUCCAGCCUGAGCAGUCAUGUGUUUCCAUCAGCUGUCUAUGGAAUCAUGUGGUUUAUUUAAGUAAGGGAACCGCUCAUUUCACACACACACACACACACACACUGUAGUGGUGGUUAUCAUGAUCAGUGCUGUAGUCUCUCACACUCUGAAGUCCACUCAGUGAUCCGGAGUCGAACGGCUCCACAUUUACACAGUAACAAUACUAACGCCUCACUUUUUAUAUGCUCCAUUACGUACUGUAACGUUUUGAAAAAGCUGUUUCAGGUCCAUUCGAGCUCGGGACCUUCCACUGAACACGACUCGGACCUGCGGUUCCAGAUGUGCAGCAUCCGUCACUGUUCAGCUAUAAUGACGGCGCGUCUCAGAGUUUUAUAUUAUAUUAUAUUAUAUAUAAAUAUAAAUAUAUUUUCCGGUGUUGUUGGGUUAUUUUUUUCUACUUCCUGUCUGUGCUGUGUGCUUUAACAGCUAUAUGACAUUCUGCUGGCUUUUUUCUGCAUUUCUUUUUAUUCAUUAAAAAAAAAAGGUUUUAAUUUAGUUAAAAAGAUUUUUCUUUUCAGAGUUUAAUUUCAGGCUAUAAAACAAGUGAGUUCUGGAGAGGGAUUCUGUAUUUUGUUAUUAGAAAAUAAAAAGCUUUGACACAUUAGUGAUCUUUUGUAUAGGAAAAAGCAGAUGGAGAAUAAAAGGUUGUGUAACUCUG